UCUAGUUCAUAGUAACACAUCACCCAAAUCAACAAUUCCAAAUCAUUGAUUUUUUGAUACAACACAGUUCUUUCAGAGAAUUUGUAACAAUAAAAACAUAAAUAAUGAAAGAUAAAAUUGAAUGAAUGAAGAAUUAUGGAUGCACUUACAUAUUAUCCGAGUGCUCGUUAUGCGUUUUCUAACUUUUCUGGUGCUACCAAUAUUUAUAACGAUGGAACACCCAAUCAAGAAGGAGUUAUUGCUUAUUCUAUUAUAACACCUGUAAUUUGCAUUUUUGGAAUAUGUGGCAAUUUGUUAACACUGCUUGUUUUAUCUCGAAGAGAACUGAAAGGUUCCGUUUAUGUCUAUUUGGCAGUUUUAGCGUUUGUGGACCUUUGUAGCUCCAUUUUAUUAUUCAUGAGCGGAUUAAGUUGUGGAGUGUUCUUCUUGGAUAACAAAUGGCCAGUCUAUGAUGUUCUUUUCGGUUUACCUUUAGCGGCGAUGUUUAACACCAUGUGUGUAUUGACGACCAUGAUGGUCACUUUUGACAGGGUUUGUUACUUAUCUAAUCCAUUAACUAGACAAAAACCGAAAUUUUGUCAUGAAUAUGUAGCAAGAAGAAUCAUGCUUGGAUGCGUUGUUGUGUCAGUUUUGGCCAAUUUACCCUACUGUUUUAUUUUUGUUACAAAUAAUGGAGAAGAUGUAGAGACUAAACCGUUUUAUUAUGCAAGUUCAUACGACGUUUACAACUGGAUGAGAUUUAUUAUUCUGGGAAUUUUUCCGUCAAUAUUCCUUAUAAUUGGAAACAGCUUUCUUAUCAGUAAUCUACGCAAAAUAAAAAAAAUGUACGGGAAAUGUAACACCAGUAUCAAAUGUAGAAAACCUCAAAAUUACACCAAUCUGACCAUGACGCUAAUCCUAAUCGUGUUUUUCUUCUUGAUAAGUCAGAUCCCAUCAAUGUUAACCAACCGUGCAUCGGCAUCGUCUUUCUUUUUCCCUGGUGCAGAUUCCGACGAUUCCGAUUCCACCAACUCUAAAUCGCUUGAAACCGUUCGUGAGAUAAUAACAGUGAUUCAGGCGAUAAGUCUGAGCACAGAUUUCGUCCUGUAUUACAUGUUUUGUCCCGCAUUUUGCAAAGUUUUGGCCAAGAUAUUUACAAGGAAGAAAAAUAUGAAAAGGAUGCAAAUGACUGUCUUCGUCCUGGAUAAGGCAAAAUCCAUGCACGACCUAACUGCAAGAAAAUUGCUCCAAAUUAUGGACGUUGCCAGGGACAGUGUGACCAUUUAUGACGGCUCCGAGGAUAAGUGCGAAGAGAAAAAGAUCAACAGGGACACAUUGGUCACUUUAUGCAACACCAGAGAUUGAAAGAAUUUGUUCUGAUUCUUCUCUUUUGAUGUAGUUACAAAUAAAUAAACUGUUUACG